GAAGGCAGCUGGUGUAGAAUCCUCACCUUGUUUGGAGGUCGAGAGCCUGGCUUCCCGCAGAGGAGCGGCCUCUUCUGUCGGGCGGGGAGACCCUUCUGAGCGCGAGAAGGCGGGGAGACCCUUCUCAACCCUUCUACGGGCGGAGAGGAGGAGAAAUGACAGCUCCAUCAAUGAAGGAAAGGAAGGCUUGCUGGGGAGCUCGGGAUGAGUACUGGAAGUGCUUAGAUGAUAAUAUGGAAGAGGCAUCGAAGUGUGAGAAACUUAGGUGCUCUUUUGAAAAUGUGUGUCCACAACAGUGGGUUAAAUAUUUUGAUAGAAGAAGAGAUUAUCUAAAAUAUAAAGCAAAGUUGGAAGCAGGAGAAUUUCAGCCUUCAGAGACAACUGAGAAGUCGUAGCUACUCAUCAGCUUUUAUAAAUACAGCCAUGACAAAGGAGCUUGCAGAAGAAGAGCACUUGAGUGAUACUUAAAGUGUCAGUAUCAGUAAAGGACAGUGAUAGCCUAUAAAUAAUUUCAAAAGCUAUUACUUGUUUAUCUGACAUCGGUGUGAAGGCUCCUAUCCCAUAUGUACUUUGAAAUGGACAGUGAAGAGAAGAGGCUCCCAACCGCACCUCACUGAAGUUGCUACUACCAAUAAAGGACAAAUUGGUGCACUGUAUCUACUCAAAUGUUACAUUGUGAGUUCAUUACCAGUUUCUUCUUUCAAGUAGUUUCCUUUGUAUUAAUAGAAUGCUUACAUCCAUUUUGAUAGUCGAUCCUCACAAGUGAAUAAAUAAAAUUAGCCAAAUGCUAGUUAUUGUGCAAUC